GACAGCCUCGGGAAUCGAAGACACACGGGUACCGAGUUUCACGGGUGGAGAAUCCGCGCGUGUCCUACGCGAUCAGGCCUUCCCGCGAACAAGGAUUCAUCAGGCACGACAGUUUUCGAGUGUCGUGAUAACGCGGACGGAGCAUCGGAAACGACCCGCCUGUCAUGAUGCACAUCUAAUCCGGGGACGUGUUAUUAUGUAUACGUAGUGCUGUUACCAUAAAACUGUCACCGCUCAAUUCCCGGGAUAGGGAAGCACAAUCAUGAUAAAGUAGGCGUUCUAAAUCCGACAAUCUUUCGGGCAAAGAGUCAGAUCAAGGAAAUCUGUGCACGAUGAAAUUUAACCGUCAAAAUAAAGAUCGAUGGUGGUCGGUUGGGGGGGAUCGUUAAAAUCGCUCGGACUGAAAAGACGAUGAGAAGUUGGACCGAGAAUGCCGGAUAAUCAUUCGAAUGCUUCCCGGAGAAUCUCGAGUGACGGUGUUCAGGGCGGCACGGGAGGUGUCCGAUGAGGGUGGAAGUGAUCUUAGUGGAUUUCGAGGAGGUAGGAUCUGGUGCGUGUUUCGUGUUCUUCGUGAGAUAGAAGAACACUUUGAAGAAACGAAUCGAAAAACUCGAAUCCGGAUUGUUCGGUGUAAGUGAUCGCGAGUCGCGAGUUUGGUGCGCGAGCGAUAUUGAAUUGUCACAUUUUUGAAGUGAAUGGAACAGAGCCUCCUCCCUCUUCGGGGGCGAUUAGUGUGAAUGAUCGAUAACUGAGUCUGCAUCGUCGAAACACACGGUAGAACUAUGAUGUCGACAGGAGUGAUUCGUGGCAGAAACGGAAAUAUCAUCUAAAGAACAGAGAGGAUGCGGUGAACAGCCGGCUGGUUCGCGAGGUUCGAGAUGUCCGCCGUAACCAGCCCGUAUGGCCCCGCGGAGAUGCUUUCCGAUUCGGUCUACAACUACGCGACGACCCGACGGGGCGCCGCCGAUCAAGACAGCGACUCCCAGUACGAGGCACAGGCCCAGUUGCAGAUCACCAGCAGCAUCCAAAGCAAACCGCGAAACAAACGGAAGAACUUCAAGCCCAUAAGCAGCCGGAUGGCGGAGGUAUCGGACGAGUCCGAGAGGGACGACGACGAGCCGGAAGUUGUCGAGGAGAGUUCCAGCGAGAUUCUCGAGUACGAGAGGAAGACGAUGCUGCUGCCGGCUGAGGAUAGAUCGAAGCAGAGGCUAAACAAUAACGAGGUCAGCCCGAUGGACCUCUCGGUUACCACGAGACCGCCGUCCUCCGAGGCCGAUGAUGAUAGCGGGGACUCUCUCAGGCACAAGUUCAUCCUCGAGCAGCUGAGAUCGCGGAAGCUGUACUCGCCUGGUACAGAGGCAAGGAGUCCAAAUUCUGACUCGUCGGAUAGAAGUGGGAGCGGCGUCCUGGACGCGGAGUCGUCUCGCCUGGACGAUCAGGACACGCAGUUUGAAGAUGACCGAGGCAACGACGCCGACGGCGAGGCCGAGAUCGAAGAGCAAAAGCCCUUCGAGGGCAUGAGAGAGUAUGCGGAGUCGACGAUGCAGGAACUUCUGGCUAUCUACGGAUUGGCAGGAGGUGAAUUGGCAAAGUCGGUCAGCAGGCAACUGCCGCCCACGUUUCUCAACCCAAACGUUGGUCAGCAGACUCAAGGGAGAGUGAAGGUUAAGGAGGAGAAGGACGCCUCGUCGAUGGCACCCGGAAGUCCACCCACGCCUCCGCAUACCCCACAAAGUCCGCAACGCGCGAUUCCGUCUCUCGGCAAUCUCUCGCAAUCCUGCCAAACGUCAAACGCAAAUUCGCCGAACUUGCAGCAGCAGCAACCGCAACCGCAACAGCAUCAGUCGCAGGAGCAACAGCAUCAUUCCCUGCACGCCAUGGCUAAUUCACCCCUGAAUCAGAUAUUGGUUCAAAAUCCGGCGCUGGCGCAACUGUUGCAGCAAAAUCCAGCGAUCCUGUCGCAGAAUCCGCAAUUGGCGCAGCUGUUGCAGCAGAAUCUGCAAGUUCAGAUGGGCAGCGUGCUCUUCCAGAACGUGAGACGGGAGGAGUCCGAGGAGUCUAGGGUACCGCCGACAAUAGCGAGCCUGACGGCGAUGAAGGUGGAGGCAGCUGACCCGAAGGUUUCCGCUUUGCUCAGGCAGAGUAUGUCACCGGUAGCGGAUUCUCUGAUGAGCGGUUCCAAGACAUCGGUCUCCCAACCGAUCAUCGAUUACUCUCGAUAUGUGAAGAGAUACAUAUCCGGUCAAGAAUGCGGCAGUACAUAUUGCAAGGAAUUGGGUUGUAGGGAGCACUUUCAUUGUCUAGACUGCAGCGGUCGAGUAUUCGUGAAAAAGGAGGAAAUGAUUAGGCACUUCAAGUGGCACAAGAAGAGGGACGAAUCCCUGCAGCAUGGCUUCAUGAGAUACUCGCCGACCGACGAUUGCUCGGAGAAGCAUCCCGGCCGAGCCUGCCCGCACAACAGAAAGCAAACCCAUUAUCACUGCAUUCACGAGAAUUGCGACAAGGUAUACAUAUCGACAUCGGACGUGCAGAUGCACGCAAAUUAUCAUCGCAAAGACUCGGCCAUCAUACAAGAGGGCUUUCAGCGAUUUCGGGCCACCGAGAAUUGCGCGACCGAGUAUUGUCAGUUCGCCGGUCAACGGACCACGCACUUUCACUGUCGGCGGUCGGGAUGUCGGUACACAUUCAAAAAUAAGGCCGAUAUAGAUAAGCACAAGUCUUACCACAUCAAAGACGAACAGUUAUCACGCGACGGUUUCAAGAAGUUCAUGAAAUCGGAGGCCUGUCCCUUCGAACAGUGCCGAUUCUCACGGGUUUGCAAUCACAUUCAUUGCAUACGGCCGCACUGCAGCUACGUCCUGCACUCUUCCGGUCAGCUGUUCUCGCACAAGCGGAAACACGAGCGUCACGAGUCGGAACUGGCUUAUCGGAAGUACAAGCAAGUCAGCGCGGUGGGUGGUGUUCGUCCACCGGGAUCAUGGGCGCCGGACGAACUGAGUACUCAAAGCUUGUCGUUAAGUCUGAACGGCGAGAGCUCUAACGAGGGCAGGGGCUCACCGUCGUACUAUUCCUUGGACGAUUCCUUUCAAAGCGGGAGUGACCUUGCUAUAGAUCUCACCGCUCCUACGACUAUCAUUACGAGCAGCGGAAGUUCCGUCAAUCUCGAGCAGCAGCAGCAACAACAUCAACAAUCUCACCAACUCACCGCUACCGAAUUGGCUUACCUGAUACCGGCCACUGCGGAAUGCGCCUGUAACGCCGCCAGGGAGCAUCAUCAUUGCGGAUUAGACCGCUGCGGGGCGGCCUUAAAGGAUCCUCGCGAGGUCAGGGAGCAUCUGAAGGAACACGAGACCCAGGAACGUAUAACGGAUGCUUUCUUCGAGGAAGGCGGCUGCGAUGACAAUUGUCCGUACGCGGACAAGGAGAAGCAUUAUCAUUGCAAUUGGGAAAAUUGCCGGGAGGUAAUACUCUCCACUGACAAACCGUUCCGCAGAUUGCAACAUUAUAAAAUUCAUGAGUACAGCCGGCAAUUAAACCUCUCCUGUUCCUCGCACGCCCUCUCCUCCGACGUCACGUUGACUCAUCUGACGAACAUCGAUGCGAUGUUUAGGCGGAAACGGGGUAGACCGCCUAAGAAUCGAGUGAUCGAAAUCUGGUCGGGCGGCGAUCCCGCGACCCAUACACACGACUCGCCGCAGGCGAUCUUUACGAGUUUCAAGCUGCCUAAACCGCAAACUUCUAAUUUAACAUCGAAUACGUUGCUGGAGGAUCGAGAGGGUAGCGUAUCGCCUUCGAAUAGUUUGGGCGAGCCCGAAGGAUUCGCCACCUACAAUCCGGAGGGAUGCCCAGACAUAUCCUGCAUCCUUAGAUCGAUCAGGCAUCAUCAUUGCUCGCAACCACGAUGCCAUUUCUUUACCGAUCGACCGGAUCAAUUGCUCAUGCACAGCAAGGACUUUCACGACAACGUCGACAUACCGCCGGGCUUCGCUUUCUACGACAAGAUGGUCGAUUGUCGACUCGUUGGCUGCCAUAGCAAUCGCGUUAAUCGGCACUUUCAUUGUACCAGACCGAAUUGCGGAUAUUCGUUCGUCAGGUACUCGACGAUGGCGUUACACGAGAAGCAACACUCCAAUCACGCCGAAUUGUGCGGCCAGGAAUUGAGCAAUCAGGAAUGUCAAACACAAUCUCAGUCGUUGGUCCAGGAAACGAAACCUAGGAUCCAGGUGAAGAAUCCUGCCGAGCUGAUCGAAAAACCCGAUGAGAGCUUGAUGACGGGUGAUCCGGAGAGCAGAUCGAUGAUCGAGGAUAAAGAAUCCGAGCUUGCGAGUCCCGACAGCGGCAAAACUACCGUGGUGAGGGCGGCUGGCACCUAUUAUCCGGUCAGCGGACCGCCGAGCGAACCCGCACUUCCGGGCGUCGUGCUAUCCAUGCGACCUUCCGUGCACCAAGAACCGCCAGUCAUGCCGUCUAUGAGCUCCACCUCGCCGCACACUCUCUAUGGGCCAGAGCAGAGCUGCAGCAGACCGUUCUGCAAGCUGAAACGCAAGAAUCAUUAUCACUGCAACGCGUGCAAUCAGGCCUUCUCCGAGCUGGAUCGCUUGGUCGCGCAUAUAGCGAAGCACUCGACCGGCGCGAUUCUCAGCCAGCAGCAACAUGAUAUGGUUAGCCCGUCGCCUAAUCAGCUGCAACACGAUUACAUGGCGCAGCUGUCGCAAAAGCAUGACUUCAUGUCGUCGAACGCUCAAAUGGCUCAAAACAUUCAGAACUUUCAAAGUCAGAUGCAACGGCAGAUGCAGCAAACUCUUAAUCAACAGUCUCAACCGAAGGACAUCAAGCUGGAGAAACCAAGAUGCAGCACCGAUAUCGGUGUGCAAAAUGUCCCGAGCGUUAAGCGGGAACCACCCGAGAUCGCCUGCAGAGACGAGGGCAACAAUUCCGCAGUGGAUAGCCACGAGAACGGUCAAUUGCAUCCGCAACCGCCGAUUCCACCUACCAACAUGCAACAGCCCUCGGUGCCGACGAGUUUCGAGCUCGAUCUCAGCCACGGUUUUCACUUCUCUAGUUCAGCCGUGAUGGCCGCUAUGAACCAACAGAUCGCCCUGAUGAAUCAGGCUCUACCGCCGUUUUUGCAGCACGGUGGAAUGUACGCGGGCGGACCCGGACUGAUGUUCGCGCCCGGCUUACCGCCGGCAAACUUUCUUCCACCCACGAGAGACGAGAAUCCGCUGGCUUCGCUGGCGGCCAAUCUUAAUCUGAAUAAGAGAUCUCUCUCACCGCCGGACGCCAAUUCGCCGGAAGCCAAGAAGCAAAGACUCCAUCAUUCGAUGCGUAUGCUGAAGGACGAGCCUGUGCCGGAAGGAUACGUCAGAUUUAGAUUCAACGAAGACUGCAGGUAUCCUCAUUGCGGUUACAGAGAGCAUCAGACACAUUUUCACUGCAUGCGUCAAGACUGCGGCUACUCGUUCUGCGACAAAACUCGCUUCGUGCAGCAUACCGCGAGGCACGAGCGACUGGAUACCUUGAUGGGCGGUGAUUUCCAGCAGUACCGGGCCAACGUGCCCUGCGGCAGAGCUCAGUGCGCGUACACGUCGUCCCUUGGUUCGAUGCAAAACAAGGCGUCGCAUUUUCACUGUCUUAAGUGCGACUUUGUUUGCACGGACACGAACAAGGUGGUCGCCCAUCGACGGCAGCAUGCCAAGCUGGACAGCAUCGCGGCAGCGGGUUUCCAAAAGUUCACACCCAGUCAGCCCUGCGGGGCCGUGCAGUGUCAGCACUCCGGCAAGCAGACCCAUUAUCAUUGCUUGCAGUGCCAAUACGCGGUGUUAGGUUUGGCGCAGAUGUCGGCGCACAAGUACCGACACAUGGACACUUAACGAUCUCUCCCGUCAAAAUCCUGCGCGCGGCAGGAUGCUCGAAUAAAGCAUUACCUUGGUCCCAGUAGACAUUCCUUAGAGAAUGGCGCGGCCAUCUUCCCCCGACUAGGUGGAAAAAAAUUAAGCGGAACUAGAUAGGGGGCUAGUCAACGACUUCGUUUCAACUCGAUGCCCACCGUCGAUAAUUGUUUCGCGAAAGAGAGAGAGAGAGAAAGUCGCGGAGAGUCCGCGGAAUUCCGGACAAGAUCCGUUAAAAAGACAAAUUCCUAGUCCCUAUAGACAUUCCCCGAACGAUCACUCGAGCGCCUCGGUUCUUUACGAUCGGGCAAUGUUCCUGGUAAUACGAAUGGUCAGUGGUAACCGGUAGGGGGCUAGUCAAUAACGUUUAUUUUCAGAAUGCAUACUGAUACGUUCAAAACCUUCGAAUCACACAACGUCCGAUAUCUGCGAUAGUAUGUCGAGUAAACGUUGGGGCGAUUUGGUCUUACUUUGAGCCUGAGCAAUGACGUGGACCGACGAUGAAAAAUCGGGAAACGAUCAUCGAACAGUCUUCUCAGCCUCUAGGAACGCUUCCAUGAAUAUGAACAAGACGGAAUAUUGAUACGCGGAAAAUUUAUAACCGAGAGAGUUGCAAGGUUUAUAUAGUCGAAUCUCACAGAAUAUAGAAUUAUUUCGGGUCCAUGACUUUUUUGUGGAAACGAAAGCGAAGGACGUGAGAAAGUGGCGUAGCACCUAAGACAAUAAUACGAAGACAAGCCUAUAACGUAGCUUUAGCAUGAAAAAGACAAACUAUAAUAUUUAAUAGAAAAAAAAACACACACACAAGAAACCUUGUACAUUUUUCCCUUCGUUAGUAUCAUCUUGUGUACCCUCCAUGUGAAUAGUCCUUAUGACGAUCUAGAUCGUAGAAUAGCUUGACACAUUGCAUCCAUAAAGCAGGCGGGAAAUGAAAUAACAAUAGAAAACGCGAUAAUAAUAGCAACGCGAUAAUCCGAUUGAGAUGUGUUGCGAGAACAGUGGAGAUCAAGUGCAUCACUUUGGCACUGAGAAUGAAGAAGCUGAGGGAAAGAUAACACUUUCUUAUCGUCUAGACUGCAGAGUUAAAAAACGCCUUUGUAGCGUUUUGUCGGCGCUAUUAGCGUCUCUAUUGCACAAUUGAUACAUGACAAAAUUCAAUAAUAGCUAUAAAUAUUUCUGUGAUGUCGAAUACUUUUUCUAAUCUUUUUAUAUUCACGAUGAAAGAGAGAGAGGGAGAGAGAGACAGAAAAUUUCUGGAACAGUCAUCUAUCAGUCUUGUAUGAGUUUUUCUGCCACGGUUGUCAAUUAUUUAUUUAAUUUUAAUCGCUAUAAUUGAAAGUGUGUGUUGACUGUGCAGUUGACGAUAAUUUCCAACGUUUUAACGUUCAAUAUUCAAAACGUGAUGGAAUAAAAAACAAAAUAACGCGCAUAUUUUCGGGCUGGCUUACGUUCAAGAGGGUACGCGAUGAAUAUUUACGAGCAGUAUUGAUAAAUUGAGAGUUUAAUUAAAAAGACUGUGAGUCGAGACACAAGAGUGGAAAAUAGAAUGAGACAGAGCGACGGUCGUUGAACGAUCAAAUUAAAACAAAAAAACAAAAAAAAACCGAGAGUCAAAAGAUUGAAGACAAAAGUUAUGUAUGUACGCGAGAGAGAAAAAAGUAUAUUUAAAAUAUAUUCUAAAAAAAAGGGUCGCUAAUGACAUGUGUAAUGCAAAGCUGUUUAAUUUAUGUGUGUAUAGUGUAUAUGUAUAUAUUUGCGAGAUUGGUACGACUCGUUGGAGGGAGGAACAGAUUCUUCUCGCGCUUCUAUUUCUAAAGCACGCUCAACGAUGGUACAAUUCUGUCCAUUUUCAUUUGACAUGAAAUUUAUUCUUGCAUGUUUUAAUCUCGCCGCGUGUACUCUCUGUCGCGUUUUGGCUUUCUCCCAUUUUUAAAUGCAAUAGAGAAGAAAAAGAUGAAAGUGUAAUGAGAUAUUAACUGAAUUUAUCUUCCAUUUUCAAAACGAGAUGUGUUUGGUCUAUUUUCACAUGUAACGUCGGGGGGAGAUAAUAAUGCCGGAUGAACGCGAUAAGGAGUAUCCGGAGAGUUUAACACGUAUGUUCUAAACGUACGUAUGUUAUAGAGACGAGUAGAGCCCCACACACACACACACACACACACACACACACAUAUACAUAUAUUUUUUCGGCAAAUAAUUAAACGUAGUACAACUGCUCGGCGAGAGACGCUAGGGUGCCUUUAGGAUUUUUUCCGAACUCUUGUAGGACCGUGCCUUAGCGAUUUAACAUACAAUAGACGCAAAAAGUUAUUUGUCCAAUAUGGAAAAAAAAGACGAACCGAACCGACUCAUCCCGUUAGAUCUAUAUCUUAUACUUGUAGCUAUGAUCGAAUUUCCGAGCAGUACGUCGAAUUUUAUCGCAGUUGCAUUGAUCGUGUUUAGAAAGAUGGAUUGAUCAAAGACUGAAUCUCCUAAUUUAAAAAAAGUAAAGAUAACAUUAAAGGUAACAAUUUUCUGCCCGAUCAUCUCGAAUCCGGUGAUAACAUGGUUCUUGGAUGAAAAACUUUUAUGGACUUACUUUUAACCAACUGACCGGAAAACGAUCGUAGAUUUAGCAACUGGAAGACGUUAGUGCCUUAAAAAUGCGUCAACUAGAUAAAGCACCGCAAAAUAUAGUCGCCGAUAUUUAGAGAUGAUUAUUUUAAUCUUUUUAAGAUUUUUUUUUUUUUUUACGAAACAUCUACACGACUUGUUUUUUAGAAGGAAUUAUUUAACUUGUACAAUUUAUCGUUGUCGCGAAAACUUUCCUGAUUCUUCAUAUAUAAAAAUAAAUUUUGGAGGAUAUACACAAUAGUUCGAAAAUUUUUUUUUUAGAAUUGUGAUCAAUGAGAAAAGCUGUUGAUGUCGAGCCAGUUUUUAUUUGUGAGCACUGUAAUUAACAUUUUUUAGUAAAAAGUUUCGCGGAAACAUCUCGCAUUGUUGUAUCAAGUAGCGAAAAUAUUUAUCCUAUCGCGAAGAAACUUCUGGCAAUUUAUAAUGUCAUCGUAACGCGAAUAUGUCUGCUUCCAAUUAAGAGAUAUUCGCCAUAAUUUUUUGUCUCUUUUUCGUCGUAUUGGAUGAUAAUAAUUGUCGGUACAUGCUCUAAUUUAUGCCGUAGACAUUGGUCGACCAUGAAUUCAAAAUCACAAAAAGAUAUCGUUUCCACAAACAUAUGCGUUUUUACUGUGUAAAGUUCAUAUCCCCCUCCCCAACCCCUCCUCCUCCCAUCCCGACAAAGAUGUGAAUAAUUUCUUAAACAGAGAAAAAAAUAUGUCUUACAGAAGAUAUCACAUAUCGAAAGUAUCAUAAUGAAAAAUCGUGCUUUGUCGUCGAAAAUGUGUCCUGCCUCAGCAGAAAAGUAUCAAUUGUGUAGCGGCAAUAACUGUGAAGUAAACAAUUAUAUAAGACGCUAUGUAUAAAAAUGAAUAUUAUGAUGAGUAUAUAA